CAGUGCAAAAUGCUUUCUCUUUUCUUCAUUUGCCUCUCUGUUUCACUUUCUCUCUCUGGAAACAAGGCAGUCUUCUGCUCUCUCUCUCUCUAGAAAAACCAGAGAGCCACUGUUCAAUUGCAAUUCAUCUCUUGGGGUUUCCCUCAAUUUCUGUUUUCGGAAAUACCCAAUUGAAAUCGUUGUUGUUUAAUCGAUCCCUCUGUGAGAAAGUGGGUAUUGGGGCUUUGUUGCAGAGGGAAAUGAGGGAUGUUUUCGUGGCUGGCAAGGAUGGCGUCGGCUUGUUGGAAACCAGUGAGGCGGUAUGCCCGUAUGAACAAGGAUGAUGAUGAAGAUUGUUCGUUAGAGGACUCUUUGUUGUGGAGCAGAGAGCUUGAAAAGCAUUCUUAUGGGGAGUUUUCUUUUGCUGUGGUUCAAGCGAAUGAGGUAAUUGAGGAUAAUAGUCAGGUUGAGGCUGGCCGUGAUGCCACUUUUGUCGGCGUUUAUGAUGGCCAUGGUGGCGCUGAUGCUUCUCGCUUUAUCUGUGAUCAUCUUUUCAGGAAUUUAAUGAGGCUUGCUCAAGAACAUGGAACCAUAACCGAAGACACCGUCCGGAAUGCAUUUUCUGCUACGGAGGAAGGGUUUCUUACCCUUGUUCGUCGGUCUUGGGGUAUCAAACCGACAAUUGCAGCAAUGGGAUCUUGUUGCCUGGUCGGAGUUAUCUGGAGAGGUACAUUGUUCAUCGGUAACGUUGGCGAUUCCCGGGCUGUCAUCGGUUCUUUAGGUAAAGCUAAUAAGAUAGUUGCAGAACAGUUGACAAAGGAUCACAAUGCAAGUAUUGAGGAGGUUCGACAAGAACUCCGGUCCUUGCAUCCCGAUGACUCACAUAUCGUCGUUAUGAAGCACGGAGUCUGGCGUAUAAAAGGCAUAAUUCAGGUUUCCAGAUCGAUAGGUGAUGCAUAUUUGAAAAGGUCGGAAUUCUCUCUCGAUCCAUCCUUUCCACGGUUCCACCUUGCCGAGCCUCUUCGACGACCUGUUCUUACUGCCGAACCAUCGUUAAGCACAAGAGUUCUACAACCUCAUGACAAGUUUCUCAUAUUUGCAUCUGAUGGUCUUUGGGAGCAACUAUCGAAUCAACAAGCUGUCGAGAUUGUGUAUAAAAACCCACGAGCGGGAAUCGCAAAAAGACUUGUCAAAACAGCAUUAACCGAGGCUGCAAGGAAGAGGGAGAUGAGAUAUGAUGAUCUGAAGAAGCUCGAAAAAGGGAUACGACGAUUCUUUCACGACGAUAUCACAGUUGUUGUCAUAUUUCUGGACAACGAAUUGCAAGGGAAGAAGGCACAUGUACCAGAAUUAUCCAUUCGUGGGUUCACCGACACGGUUGGACCAUCGAAUUUCAACGUUCUUCAAGGCAUCGAUGAGAAUGGAAGAUCUGUUGGGUGAAGUUAAAAGGAUGAUGAGUCUGA